AUGUCGACAAAAUCGCCUGUCACUCCUCGAUACGGGCCUGCAUUCUCCCUGACCUCUCCAAACUCGCAUCCUCCUCAUCCUCAUCACUACACAAAAGACUCCUACUCCAAGGACUCGUCUUUCCUCAACGCUAGCAACUCUUGCUCCAUCAAAAACUCGUUGUCGGACUACUCGACCGCCGACUACUCGAGCUUCUCCAUCAAGAGCGACUUUUCGAAACCCAAGUCGCUGUUCAAGUCACCCAAAAAGCCCCAGAGUGUCAUCGACUCUACUCCCUCCAUCCUACAGCUCAAUGUCGUCACUAACGAUUGGUCCAGUAAGACCAACAUCUCCAACAACAACUCUCAAUUGAGCCCGAAGAAAAAGAAGGCCGUCACUGACAGAUUCAUCCCCAAGGUUGUGGGCGUCACCAAGCUCGACGAACGACCCGAAACUCGUGAUACCUCUUCCGACCCCCGAGAAUCCCUUGCUUCUUCGGAUACAGCAGUCAAGAAACCCUCCAAUAGCUCGCGUGAGACCCUGCGAAGCUCCCAUGAUAGAGAAAUCGCCGACGCGUGCGGAAUCUCGCUGUCACACAGAAUCCUCGAGUUCCAACCAGCUCCCCCAAGCAGAACCCAUGACCUGAGAUCGGUAUACAACCGACCUGUAAAACCCUCAGUUGCUGCUGUCAACAGACGAAAAGUCCCCACUUGUCCCGAGAGAGUCCUCGACGCCCCGGGCAUCCUCGACGAUUAUUACCUCAACCUCCUGGACUGGUCGUGCGGAAACCAGGUCGCUGUGGCCCUCGAAAAAGCUGUCUACGUGUGGAACGCCGAGACUGGAAGCGUUGGCGAGCUGCUCGAGUCUCGCGAUUACAUCUCCUCGGUCAAGUGGUCUUGUGACGGUGCCUAUCUCAGUGUUGGUCUGGGUUCGGGAGAAGUCCAAAUUUGGGACGUGGAAGAGCAGACCAAGCUGCGAUCCAUGUUUGGCCAGACCUCGCGUGUGGGAGUUACAUGCUGGGACCGGCAUAUCCUGUCUUCGGGGUCCCGUGAUGGCCACAUUUUCAACCACGACGUUCGAAUCGCCCAGCACAAGGUAUCUGAGAUGAAUCACCACCAGGGCGAGGUUUGUGGUCUAGACUGGCGGUCAGACUCGUCGCAGCUGGCAUCUGGAGGUAACGAUAACACUGUGUGCAUUUGGGACGCCCGGUCCACUGUCCCCAAGUUUACCAAGACCAACCACAAGGCUGCCGUCAAGGCCGUGGCGUGGUGCCCCUGGCAGAUGAAUCUGUUGGCGACCGGAGGAGGAACCUACGACAAGUACAUUCAUUUUUGGAACACAACGACCGGCGCUAGAGUUAAUUCCAUCGAUACGGGGUCGCAAGUGACCUCGAUCAAAUGGUCCCAGCAUUACAAGGAGCUUGUUUCCACUCAUGGCUUCCCCAACAACAAUUUGUCAAUCUGGUCGUAUCCGUCGUGCACCAAGAUUGUCGACGUUGUUGCUCACGACUCUCGAGUUUUGCAUGCCACUCUGAGCCCUGACGGCCAGACGCUGGCCACCUGUGCGUCCGACGAGAACCUCAAGUUCUGGAAGAUUUUUGAGUCCACCAAGAAGAGCGCCGGCAAGGAGGGCGUCAUCCAGAGCAAGGAGAUUUCCACUGUGGGUAUUAGAUAG